GCCUCGCCGCGGCUGCUCCGGGGGAGCCUGCCGAAUGUUUUGUCUGCCGUGUGCCGUAAUCAAGGGCAUUUGGUUUUCAUAUGCGUUUAACCCAGGUAUGUGUUAGGCCUCCUGUGUUUGCGGGUUCCCGAAUGCGUUUCGGAAAGAACCCGGUUUCGCCCGUCCUGACUUCGUGGGUUGUCAAAGUGCUGGAAUUGAAUGACCGCUUCUUCGUUUGGGGGAAAUUGUUUUUGCUGGAGGCGGAGAGGGGAGCGCUCUGGGAGAGCGUGGGGACAGCGUCUGGGGGUGCGCUGCCUCUGGACGGAGGGAUGCCGAGAGGAGGGAGGCACAGGUUGGUUUCCAUUUCUGAAGGAUGCUGCAGACCGGGAGUGUGAUAGUGCAGAGCGGUGGGUCAUCACUGUGCAAGCACAUUCUUGGCUCUGUGGGUAUAAGCGCAGAUUGCCACACGUGUGCCCUUUCACAUUGUUUGCAGGAAGAUGACAGGAAAGGAAUUGCUCCCUCUGCAAAUAAAUUGUAAAAUGCCUGCACAAUAUACCGGGAGAAGAGCUGAGCUUAGACAGCACAACGUGGGAAAAGAAAACAGGAUGGAUACACAAAAACGUGCCCUUUCCAAACACUUUAUGUCUAGCUAAAAGCUGCAGGCUGUUACAAUAUCAUCUCAGUGGAGGUAAUGAAGUUUGGGACAGAAAGCAAGUGAAGAAAACUCUUCCUACCCUUGCAAAUGCUAAACAGUUAGUUAGAGGGAAACUGUGAAAAUAGUGGUAAAGGGCUGAGCAUUUGCCACGUUGAUUAACACCUAUAUAAGCAAAAACAAUUAGGAAUGCAUACUGAGUAUCAUUAAAUUUAAUUCUCAGGUGAUUACACCAGAAUGGGAGAAAGAUGAAUAGAAGAAAUGUAUAAAAUCUGGACCAUAUAGGAUGUACAUAGUGCUGGCAGUUUUAUUCUGAUAAGGGACCCAGCUGGAAGGUUGAUGUCUGUUUCACUAUGAUUUUGCUUUUUGCAGUCAUUUUGACCCUACUCUGACUUUUCUGUGCCUGAACAAACUGAAACAACGGGCAACCUGAAACCACCAGCCUCCUUUCUGCUACAAUGCCUACAAGGGCUUGUCCCCAUUAGGGAUGGUUGCUGCUGGUUGUUGCUGGGUACUGACUGCCUGCCUUCCCCACCUCUUCCUCCGGCUGGGUCAUCCACACCACCCAAGGUGGGGGAAGGAGAGGCAGGCACAUCACCCCUGUCUUCCUCAUGUUUCCCGGUCUUUCCUCUGCUCUGGCUUGCCGGCUUGCCUGCCCACAGACUGCUACUUGCUAUAUCCAGUAUGUGCACAUUGCUGUCAACGGGAGAAAUGCUGUAGGACCUUGAACUAGUGGGGAAGGGGUCCUGGGCUAGUUCAGCAUCCAAGUCUACUCUAGUACUAUCACCAAGGGCUUUUCCCAGCAUGCAGUCCCUUUAGAUUUGGGUGUGACAACUAACCACAUCCUGCGUGUUGGACGUUUGGUUUGCAUCCCUGUAUCUUCCUGCUUUUGUGAAAGAUACAAUCUUACAUUGUCCUGGACAAAGGAAAAUUUGAUCACUGCCAGACUUUUCAUCUCUUCAUUGUGAUGGAAAAAUGGUUGCCUAAAAUAAACCCUUUGUUAUGCUGCUAAAACUGCUUUUGAAUCCAAGAUCUGUUGUGAUUUUUAAAACACAAACGCAAAAAUGUCAGAACCCGACCCUUCAUCUGGAUUUGUAGGAAAUAUGGAAAACGGGACUUUUCUGGAGCUGUAUCCCACAUCCCUUUCAACUUCAGUAGAUUCAUCACCUGGCCGUUUAUCCAACGUCUAUGUCUAUGUUUCUAUAUUCCUUAGUCUUUUAGCUUUUCUCCUUUUGCUAUUGAUCAUUGCACUUCAGAGGCUGAAAAACAUAAUUUCUUCCAGUUCUUCCUACCCAGAAUAUAAUAGUGAUGCUGGAAGUUCUUUCACUAAUUUAGAGGUUUGUAGUAUUUCUUCCCAGCGCUCUGCUCUCUCAAACCUUUCUUCAUGAAACUAAAUGAAAGGAAACGCAUGGGGAAUGGAAGAGCUUUGUCUAGUUUCUUGGGGAGGUAGUGCAUGCAACAUUUGCCUUAGAAGACUAUUAUGAAGAGGUGGCUUUUAAAGUUUCUUUAUUU